UUUUCCUUACAACGGGAACGGAAGACACUCAAGGACUAAGAUUUGUGAUCUCCAGGAGAAAGAGGGGACAGAAACCAGGGUUUCUGAGAGAUGGCGAAAAGGGAUGAAUUUACUCAGCCACACCCCUGUAGGAGUCCGGCGGGUCUCAGGAAAUCUGCAAGAUGACCAGGAAAGAAGCCUGCCCCAGAGCGCCACCUGUUGUCUACCGCCUCCUCUCCCGCACCCCGGGCUAAGAUGAUACCGUACUUCUACAUUUCUGGCACUACCGCAUCCUAGCUCAUCUGCACCAGAACGCCUUUGGUUUUGGACCCAGAUUAGAUAUCCAGUGGCCAGGGCUUAUUUCCCAGUGAACUUGAGGGUUGACACCUGAGCUAGUGCUCUGGCAGCUGGUGGAGCCUGAGGCUUGGACUCCUGUUCCGUGAUGAAAGUACUUCAUCUCUCAAGUCUGUGUUUUCCCAGCCUGGGGCGGUGGGAAUAAGGCCAUUGUGACCUUGACCCACUGGUGAAGCAGGAAGGAGGGGACAGGAGUAACUCAAGCACCUUUCUUGCUUGAGGUCGGAUCCUAUUUUCGUCUCCGGAACUUGUCAUCAUCCAGCGCUACUUCCCCCCUGCACAGAGGUGGCCGAGGGACUGUGAGCCGACCGCUGCCCUAGAGGGACAAACUGGAAGAGGCAGGCCUAGGAAGCUGGAGAAGUCCACGGAGUUGGGCCCCAGAAAACCUCGUGUAGCGGCUGAGUUGUUACCUGGGGAAGGUCUGGCUUCGGGACCUCAGUGCUAGUCCUGUGCCCGUCAGAGAGGUGGUGGUCACCAUGGCAAUGCGGGAGCUGGUGGAGGGCGAAUGCGGGGGUGCCAACCCACUCAUGAAGCUGGCCGGCCACUUCACCCAGGACAAGGCCCUUCGGCAGGAGGGACUGCGGCCUGGCCCCUGGCCCCCGGGAGCCCCUUCCUCUGAGACCGUCUCCAAGCCUUUGGGAGUAGCCUCCGAAGAUGAGUUGGUGGCUGAAUUCCUGCAGGAUCAGAAUGCACCACUUGUGUCCCGUGCCCCUCAGACCUUUAAGAUGGAUGACCUCCUGGCAGAGAUGCAGGAGAUUGAACAGUCCAACUUCCGCCAGGCUCCUCAGAGAGCCCCUGGUGUGGCAGACUUGGCCUUGUCUGAGAACUGGGCCCAGGAGUUUCUUGCAGCUGGAGAUGCUGUGGAUGUAACUCAGGAUUAUAAUGAGACUGACUGGUCCCAAGAAUUCAUUGCUGAAGUUACAGACCCCUUGUCUGUGUCGCCUGCCCGCUGGGCUGAGGAGUAUCUGGAGCAGUCUGAGGAGAAACUGUGGCUGGGAGAACCUGAGGGAGCAGCCACCACCGACCACUGGUAUGAUGAGUAUCGUCCUGAGGAGGAUCUGCAGCACACGGCCAGUGACUUUGUGGCCAAGGUUGAUGAUCCCAAAUUGGCCAACUCUGAGUUCCUGAAAUUCGUGCGGCAGAUUGGCGAGGGCCAGGUGUCCCUGGAGUCCGUUGCAGGGUCGGGCCGAGCUCAGGCAGAACAGUGGGCAGCAGAGUUUAUACAGCAGCAGGGUACUUCAGAUGCCUGGGUUGACCAGUUCACAAGGCCAGUAAACACAUCUGCCCUUGACAUGGAGUUUGAGCGAGCCAAAUCAGCCAUAGAGUCUGAUGUCGAUUUCUGGGACAAGUUGCAGGCAGAGUUGGAGGAGAUGGCAAAGCGAGACGCUGAGGCUCAUCCCUGGCUCUCUGACUAUGACGACCUCACGUCUUCUUCUUAUGAUAAGGGCUACCAUUUUGAGGAGGAGAAUCCCCUGCGUGAUCACCCUCAGCCUUUCGAAGAAGGGCUGCGGCGACUUCAGGAGGGGGACCUGCCAAAUGCGGUGUUGCUGUUUGAGGCAGCUGUGCAGCAGGAUCCUAAGCACAUGGAAGCGUGGCAGUACCUGGGUACCACCCAGGCCGAGAAUGAGCAAGAACUCUUAGCCAUCAGUGCGCUGCGGAGGUGUCUGGAGCUGAAGCCAGAUAAUCGGACAGCACUCAUGGCGCUGGCCGUCAGCUUCACCAACGAGUCCCUGCAGCGCCAGGCCUGUGAAACGCUGCGAGACUGGCUGCGCUGCACCCCCGCCUACGCCCACCUGGUGGCGUCUGCUGAAGAAGGGGCCGGAGGGGCAGGACCAGACUCCAGCAAGCGGAUCUUGGGGUCUCUCUUGUCUGACUCCAUGUUUCUUGAGGUAAAAGAGCUCUUCCUGGCAGCUGUGCGCCUGGACCCAACAUCCAUCGACCCUGACGUACAGUGUGGCUUGGGGGUGCUCUUCAACCUGAGUGGGGAGUAUGACAAGGCCGUGGACUGCUUCACAGCUGCCCUCAGUGUUCGUCCCAAUGACUAUUUGCUAUGGAAUAAGCUGGGGGCCACCCUGGCCAACGGGAACCAGAGUGAGGAGGCAGUGGCAGCCUACCGCAGGGCCCUUGAGCUGCAGCCUGGCUACAUCCGGUCUCGCUAUAACUUGGGCAUCAGCUGCAUCAACCUGGGAGCCCACCGGGAGGCUGUGGAGCACUUUCUGGAGGCCCUGAACAUGCAGAGGAAGAGCCGGGGCCCUCGGGGGGAGGGGGGCGCCAUGUCAGAGAACAUCUGGAGUACCCUGCGUUUGGCGUUGUCUAUGUUAGGCCAGAGUGAUGCCUACAGAGCAGCAGAUGCUCGGGACCUGCCUGCCCUCCUAGCUCUGUUUGGCCUACCCCAGUGACAGUGGGACGGGCUGCCCUGUGAGUGCCCACCUGGAGGCGUCUCCGCCCUGGACGUGACACCCUCUCCCGCAAUGGGCCUCCCAAGGGGGUGGGCUGACGAACACAAGCGGUAUGGCUUCUCAGGGGCUGCCUCAACGUAGGGGUGGAUAGUCUGGGAUCUAGCUCCUACGUAAUUGUAGGAAAAUGAGCUGUUGUCUGUGUCCCUUGGUAAUUCAGGGGCUGUGCAUCCAGCCACAGGUCUCUCUAUGCUCAUCACGCCCUUUCUUGGUGCUGCUUUCUGGGUAGGACCCAAGGAUUUGAGUAACUGUUGUCAUCAGCUGCCAUUUCUGAUAGGGUCUCCCACAUUUGUAAUGUCUGUCUUUCCCCCCAUGUGACUGGGAAUUGGUAAGAGUCCAGCUUCUGUGGGCAGUUGUGUUAGGAGGUUCUGCUGGGCAUCUGUAAUGAUGGUUCUGUCUGGGCUGGGAUAUGGUAGGCGUUGGCCCAUUGGGCAGAAGGAUGGAUUUGAUUUGGGCUCUGUAGAGGUGAGCACUGGUAUAUGUGAGCUCACAGAUCUGCUACUCUUGGACCGCCCCUUCUGGCUGUGAGCUUGGGUUCCUCGAGUGUGUGACAUAGGCAGUCACGCUAGUAUUGUUACCAUAGGGGGUCCUCAUGGGCAGCUGGGGCCAGUUGGCUGUGGGGUAGGUGAAGGCUUUUGUGUGGAAUGAGCCUACUCAGGGCUCCAGGUCAGAUCAGGGGCUCUGUCUCGGGAAUGCAGAGGGGUGUAGCGAGUGCAGCAGGACUCCUGGAAAGACCUGAGUGGGAGCUCUGCUGACUCUUGUGUGGACUCUUGUAGAAAGUUGGUUCUGAGAUUUCCAUCUUGCCAAAUUCCUAGCAGAGAGGGGCUCCGUGUUACCAUAAGCCUUUGCUGUACUUCCUGGAAUGUUUCUAAGGGAGAGUGGAUACAUCCUCUCUUCUCAUGUUACAUCCACACGGUGAGGACUGAGGGAGGAGAGGAAGCAGUGUAGACUGCUCCACCGCCCCCUGCAUGGGAGUUGCCCGAACCCCCACUGAGGGCUGCUAAGCCUCUUGCCUAAGUACCAUGGUCCCCAGGUUCCAUCCUGAAAUUUAUUUUUCUUUGUAUGAACAUGUGUAAAUGAUUUAAAAAUAAAACUAAAAUAUUUGUAUGAAGAAUAAAUGCAACUGA